GCCCGUAUUGCCACUAACACCAAACUCUCUCCUUCUGCUCCACUCUACUCGCUCUGCAACCAUCUCUUCAAUAGUUUUGACAAACCCUAAGGGACUGAUGGCUGAAGGAAAACUUGAUCAUUCAGAGGAUCUUUUCUCAUCGAAGCAGUCAGAUCAAGCGUGGAACCUAAGAGAUUCCACGGGAAAUCAGGAGGAAAAGGGGCCGAUAGGAUUACUUGAUGUAUCAAAAGAUUUCACAGAUCAAGGAGCAUGCGAGAACAGCAUUCCUUUGUCUCCGCAAUGGCUUUAUGCUAAGCCAAGUGAGGCUAAGAUGGAAACACGUGGACAAAGUUCACUUUCUCUUAGUGGUGUUGAUUGGAAUCAGAAGGAAGGCUGGCACUCAGAUGCACCCGAGGACAAAAAAGAUUGGAGAAGAAUUGCUCCGGAAGGUGAUAGUGGUCGCCGCUGGCGAGAAGAAGAAAGGGAAACUGGAUUGCUUGGUAGAAGAGAUCGCAAGAAGAUGGAUCGACGUGUUGAUGCAGUGGGCAGAGAAACAGGUGAAAAUAGAGUGUUGCCUACUCCUGAAAGGUGGCUUGAUGCCAGCAGUCGUAAGUCUUCCGUUGAAGCAAGUCGUGAUAGCAAGUGGUCUUCUAGGUGGUGUCCUGAUGACAAAGAAAAGGAAGCUCGGAUUGAGAAACGGGCUGAUGUGGAGAAGGAUGGUGCUCAGAAUGAAAGUCAGUCAAUUAUGACAAGUAACCGAUCUGGUUCUGAACGUAAUGGAGAUUCUCGGGACAAGUGGAGGCCACGCCACAGGAUGGAGGGAAAUUCUAGUGGUUCUGGUUCUCACCGAGCUGCGCCUGGAUUUGGACUUGAAAGGGGAAGACUGGAGGGUUCAAAUGUGGGGUUUACUAUAGGACGUGGCAGAUCUAGUGUAUCCACUGUAAAGCCUCCAUCUGGGGGAUCAAUUGGUGCUGCUCAAUAUGAUAAGGGCGGAAGUGUUCCUGGAAAAACAAGUCUCUCUAAUGGAAAGUUCUGGUAUACUAGGGGAAAACUUCUUGACAUAUACCGUAUCCAAAAGUUAGAUCCCUCUUUUGCCAACAUACCUGACAAUUUGGAGGAACUACCCCAACUAACUCAAGUAACUGCUAUUGAACCAUUAGCUCUCGUUGCUCCGAAUGCCGAGGAGGAGGCCAUCCUCGAUGACAUAUGGAAAGGUAAAGUAAGAGGCAGCGGGGUAUCAUACAAUUUAUUUAGGAAGGGUGGAUUAUUGGAUAAUGUUUCAGUGGAAAAUGUAGAAUCAGUCAGUGGAAAACGGGUCCUCCCUGCAGACAUUGCAGAAGAGAUGUCAGAUGACUUGUCAAAAGCUACUCAAGAUAAUAUUCAUGAAGUAAGCGUGGAUGACAUCUUUUGCAACGACUUACUUAAAUCAGAGAAAACUGUUAAUGAUUAUGGAAAACGAGAAGUUUCUGAGUCAAGUGGAACAGAUUUCAAUAGCGGUGUCUUACAGGCUUUUAAUGGUAGUCAAUCCGAUGGUUUGCAGCUCAAAGUUGCAGAUUCUGCUGUUACCAAACAAUCUUUGUUUGAUGGAGAAGUCGAUAAUAAACUUCCUGAUGGUUCAAAUUCCGUAUUUGGUGCUCCAUCUUCUGAGCAGUACUGGGAUGGCAGUCAGCAUAAAUUUGGCAGCAGAACUUCUGAAAAUCAGUUGGAAAAGAGAAUCCUUCCUGAGGAAUUAAGUCUAUACUAUUGUGAUCCUCAAGGAGAUAUCCAGGGACCUUUCCUUGGAGUGGACAUCAUUUCAUGGUUUGAACAAGGAUUUUUUGGGACUGAUUUGCCCGUUCGCUUGGAAGAUGCGCCUGAUGAUGCAUCCUUCCUGGAAUUGGGUGACAUAAUGCCACAUUUAAAAUUUAAACAUGAUUACGAUACUAUUACUGAUUUAAGUUCUGAUAGGGAAAAAUCUGUUGCAUUGGUGGAGAAAUCAGAGCAUGGUGGGUUAGAAGUACCUAAGCACCAUGGUCAUCCAUCACUAGGGUUGUAUUCCGCUGGAAAUCUCCACGAUUUUGCUGCCGAAGAUGAAGAAAUUGUGUUUCUGGAGAGACCUGGAAGUGGUGGCAAUCCCGUUGGGAAAUUUUCUAGGGGGUUUGGUGGAACUUCUGCCAAUUUUGGUAACCAGCCAACUCUUCCUACUGAACUGACAGACUCUGGGUUCUCAACUCAGAAAGAUAGUAAGUUGCAUUCUCUUGGGUUGUUGUGGUCUGAGCUUGAAAGUACUUACAUGAAGAAUGGUCAGACAUCAGAUGCCUUAAUUAGUGGACACGUUGAGGAUCAAAUUUUAAACCCCGUUUCCAGUAGAUUUACUCCUAGUUCGAUGGCUGAUUCUGCUCAUGCCACAUUGCUGGAUGUUUAUGGAAGAAAUUCUGUAACUGAUCCCAAAUUAUUUCAAGAUGUCUUGGAGGCUCGCCAGCACAUGGACCAAGACUAUAGCCGAUUUGAUUUAGAGGAAAAGCUACUGUUCCAACAACUGCAGCAGCAGCAACGUCAUCAGCACAGUUUGAUGCCUCUUCAUGAUACACAGCUGAAUGAGGCAAUGCUAGAACGAGUGCCAAGUCAGAAUGUGAUACACCACCAACAGUUGGUCAGUCAAACGGGGAAAGAUCAGGAGCACUUUUUGGCCCUUCAGUUGCAGCAGCAGAGGCAAUUGCAGCUUCAACAACAGCAGCAACUACAGUUCCAUCAACAGCAAAUGUUCUUGAAAGAGCAACAACAGUCCCAGUCUAGACAUGUGCUUCUUGAACAGCUGCUGCAGAAUCAAAUUCGGGAGUCUGGCCGAGGACAGUUGCAUAUUGAUGCUCUUAGAUCGGACAGUACUCUUGAACAAGCAGUAUUGAAGCAGCAAAUUCUCAAUGACAUGCAACAGCGUACCCAUUUUCCACCAAGGCAUGCUGACUCAUCCCUGGAGCGACUCAUACAAGCAAAAUUUGGGCAAAUGCCUCAUCACGGGCAUCCAAAUGAUUUAUUGGAACUUUUAUCUAGUGGACAUCAUGGGAAGAUUCAUCCCUUGGAUCAGCAGAUUCUUCAGCUAGACCAGCUGCAGGGAAGAUCUUUGCCACUGGGGCUCAGGCAGCGUUUGGAAAUGGAAGAAGAAAGGCAAGUUAGUCCUGGGUGGCCUCUUGAUGAAGCCAGUCAGUUCCUUAGAAAUCCUGUACCUGCUCAUCUGGCGAGCUCUGCUGGAUUCAGCCCAUCAGAUCUUUAUCAACAACAAAGAGCUUCUGCUGAGGAGCAUCUCAGCCAUCUUGAACGAAAUGCUUCAUUACAAGAUAGACUACAACAAGGAAUUUAUGACCAUGGCACGCUGCCAUUUGAGCGCUCAAUGUCACUACCUGUUGGUGCUGCUGGUGUAAACCUUGAUGCUAUGAAUUCUAUUGCCCGAGCUCAUGGUUUAGAAAUGCAGGAGCCGAUCACCCAACUGCAUCCCGGUGGUCAAGGCGGUAGAUUCUCAUCGGGGGUCUAUUCUCAGCAUUCACACCGGCCUUUAAUUCCCAGUCAACUUUAUGCUCCGCACUUGGACACCACCAACGGUCACUGGUCUGAGAAUCAGAGUCAGUUAUCCAAUGAUUGGAUUGAAUCAAGAAUUCAACAACUACAUGACAAUGAGAGGCAUAAUAGAGAACUGAAUGUCAAAUCGACGAUGGAAGAUCCGAGUUUAUGGAUGUCAUCUGGAUUAAAUGAUGACAGUUCAAAGCGGCUGCUUUUACAAUUACUGAAUCAGAAACCGGGCCAUCAGUCAGGUGAACCCUUUAAUGCAACCAGUGAAGUAUACCAUGAGAGAACGCCGUCUUCUGGGACUGGUGCUACAAACCAUUCGAUUGCUCUUCUCUCAGAUCAGGAAGAAAGUAUCAACUCUUUUACAGUUAAGUCUUAUGGUUCUGAUUCUGGCAGAGGACCUCAGGAUCAACUAGCUGAUGGAUUGUCUAGUGUUCUGGAACAAGGUGGAUUGCAGUUUAGAUCAAAUUCUGGAGAAUGUUUCAUUUCUGGAAUUGAUGAAAGCUCUCAGGGACAAGCUUCAAUAUCUCAAGCAGGCCUGGCAGCUAUAGAUAAUGGAGAGGUGCCUCUUAAUGUACUUAGUCACCACACUUCACUUUGUUCUACUGGGUUUCAAUCAGCCAAUUCUUUUUUGGAGGAGGCUGCUAAGGAUAGGUUGCAAUCCACCACAUCAAAAAUGUCGGAAAGCAUCUUGCUGAGACGUCCACCUGUCUCACGGGCUGCAUCUUCUCAGGGAGGGUUUUCUGAGCUGACUGCUGAUUCAGUCACCAGAGGGAAAAAAAUUCCAAGUGCUGUGCCUUCUGACGGGUUGAGAGGAGAAACGAGAGGGAACCCAGGAAAUUCUGACACUGUGUCAUCUGGAAAUAAGGCUUUUCGACGGACUUCAUCUUGCGGUGAUGCUGAUAUCCUGGAGACAUCGUUCAGCGACAUGCUUAAAAGCAAUUCUAAGAAACCGGCUCCUCAAGAAAGUAAUGCUCCAGCAACUGGAGCUUCAGAGCCAUUGGACGGGACAACGGGGGCAAGAAACAGCAAAAAGAAGGGGAAGAAAGGUAGACAAAUUGAUCCUGCUCUUCUCGGAUUCAAAGUCACAAGCAAUCGGAUCCUGAUGGGUGAGAUACAGCGAAUAGAAGAUUAAUUUCUCCUGUUGUACAGGUUUGAGUUUGUAUAGUUUAUUUAAUUCUUUUAUUAUUGUUUUCCCAGCACCCAGUUGUAUAUCAUUGUUUAGGAUGUAAAGGGUUGAUGACUGUUAAAUAUUUAUUGACUUGGGAUUGAUCAAUGAAUUUGUAUAGACAUCUUUAAUACGAGUAGCUAAUGAACGAAGAAUAAUGGUACCAUGCCAUGCCAAA